AUGGAGGCCUCGUGCCUGGAGCUGGCCCUGGAGGGUGAGCGGCUGUGCAAGGCCGGUGACUUCAAGGCCGGCGUGGCCUUCUUCGAGGCGGCCGUGCAGGUGGGCACAGAGGACCUGAAGACGCUGAGCGCCAUCUACAGCCAACUGGGCAAUGCCUACUUCUACCUGAAGGAGUAUGCCCAGGCACUUGACUACCACAAGCACGACCUCCUGCUGGCUAGGACCAUUGGUGACCGCAUGGGGGAGGCCAAGGCCAGCGGGAACCUGGGCAACACGCUCAAGGUCCUGGGCCGCUUUGACGAGGCUGUCGUCUGUUGCCAGCGCCACCUGGACAUCGCCCAGGAGCAGGGGGACAAGGUUGGGGAGGCGCGGGCCCUCUACAACAUUGGCAAUGUGUGCCACGCCAAGGGCAAGCAGCUGUCCUGGCGUGCUGCCCAGGACCCCGGGCACCUGCCACCUGAUGUGCGGGAGACGCUGCGCAGGGCCUCCGACUUCUACGAGAGGAACCUGUCCCUGGUGAAGGAGCUGGGUGACCGGGCGGCCCAGGGCAGAGCCUACGGCAACCUGGGCAAUACUCACUACCUGCUGGGCAACUUCACGGAGGCCAUUGCCUUCCACAAGGAGCGCCUCGCCAUUGCCAAGGAGUUUGGAGACAAGGCGGCUGAGAGGAGGGCCUACAGCAACCUGGGGAAUGCCCACAUCUUCCUGGGGCGCUUCGAUGUCGCGGCCGAGUACUACAAGAAGACGCUGCAGCUGUCCCGGCAGCUCAAGGACCAGGUGGUGGAGGCGCAGGCCUGCUACAGCCUGGGCAACACCUACACGCUGCUGCAGGACCACGAGCGAGCUGCUGAGUACCACCUGCGCCACCUGCUCAUUGCCCAGGAGCUGGCCGACAGAGUGGGCGAGGGCCGGGCAUGCUGGAGUCUGGGGAACGCCUACGUGUCCAUGGGGAGCCCCGCGCAGGCCCUGAACUUCGCCAAGAAGCACCUGGAGAUCUCUCAGGAGAUCGGAGACCGCAACGGGGAGCUCACGGCCCGCAUGAAUGUGGCGCAGCUGCAGCUGGUCCUGGGCCGGCUGACUGACACAGUGACCACAGAGAAGCCUGACCUGGCCGGCUAUGAGGCCCAAGGGGCCAGGCCCAAGAGGACGCAGAGGCUGAGCGCAGAGACCUGGGACCUGCUGAGGCCCCCCCUGGAGCAGGAGCAGAAUGGAGACAGCCACCACGCCGGGGACUGGCGGGGGCCAGGCCGGGACUCGCUCCCCCUGCCGGUAAGGAGUAGGAAGUACCAGGAGGGGCCGGACACUGCUGAGCGGAGGCCCCGGGAGGGCGGCCACUCCCCUCUGGACAGCGCGGAUGUCAGGGUGCAGGUGCCUCAUGCAGGCCUCCUGCGGGCCCUGUCCUCGGACGAGGAGUGUUUCUUCGACCUGCUGAGCAAGUCCCAGAGUGGCCGUAUGGACGACCAGCGCUGCCCCCUGGAGGACGGCCAGGCUGGUGCCGCCCCCACACUGGAGGAGCGCAUGGCCCAGUCCUCGCUGACGGCCUCCCCACAGACUGAGGAGUUCUUCGACUUCAUCGCCAGCUCUCAGAAUCGCCGGCUGGACGACCAGCGGGCCAGCGUGGGCAGCCUGCCUGGGCUGCGCAUCACCCACAACAACCUGGGCCACCUACACAGCGAGAGCGACCCCCCGGAGCCAGGGGACGAGUUCUUCAACAUGCUCAUCAAGUGCCAGGCCUCCAGGAUCGAUGACCAGCGCUGCCCGCCGCCCACUGUGCCCCCACGAGGCCCCACCAUGCCAGAUGAGGAUUUCUUCAGCCUUGUCCAGAGGGUGCAGGCCAAGCGCAUGGACGAGCAACGGGUGGACCUUGCCACCAGCCCUGAGCAGGAGACCACCGGGCCGCCUGAGCCACAGCAGCAGGUCCCGCCCGGCGCCAGCUAAGGCCUCAGCCUCGAGGCUGGUGAGCCCCCCACCUGCAGCCAGGGCCACCC